GCCGCUGCCGUCGCGGCUCCGCUAAAGUUUUCUCCGAGUGCGCCGGACCCGGUCCCCACCGGUCCCGAGAUGCGUUCGGGAGCCGCCGCGAGCCCAGCCCCGACAGCUCUGUCCCAGGAGUCCCCGUGACCAGGAAUCUUGCACAGGGUUGCCCACAUGCCAGGGCCGUCACCACCAGGGUGGAGAAGCUGCUGAGGGCCAGUAGGAAGCCGUGUGUCCUGCGCUGUGUCCUAUGCAUGUGGUCCAGAGGAGGGAUGUCCCAGCCACAUCUCUUUACCCUCCUGUUGCUGCUGCUCUGCUGCCAGGGCCCCUCUGCCCAGAUCACGGAUAAUGUCGUUGAGAGAUGGAAGGAGUACAGCGAAGAGUGCCGGCGUAACAUGAGCCGCCUGCCUGCGCCCACAGAGCUGGUCUGUAACCGCACCUUCGACAAGUUCUCAUGCUGGCCUGACACGAUGCCCAACAGCACAGCCAGUGUGCCCUGCCCCUGGUUCCUGCCCUGGUACCAGAAAGUGAAGCACAGACACGUCUUCAAGACCUGUGGGCCAGACGGACGGUGGGUGACAGGGCCACGGGGACAGUCCCUGCGCGAUGCUACACAGUGUGAGCAGGAUGACGAGGACCUAAAGGCGCAGGAAAAAUUUGCCAAGACCUAUGGCAGCUUCAAGGUGAUGUACACUGUGGGCUACUCUGUGUCCCUGUGUGCACUGCUGCUUGCCCUGGCCCUGCUGCUGGGCUUCAGCAAGCUGCACUGCAUGAGGAACUACAUUCACAUGAACCUCUUCGCCUCCUUCAUCUUGAAGGGCGUCUCUGUGCUGGUCAUUGACGCCCUGCUCAAGACCCACUACAGUGACAAGAUCGAUGGCUACAACGUGCAGGUCUGGCUGAGCGACGAGGCAGCCGCAGGCUGCCGGGCAGCCACGGUCUUCAUGCAGUACGGCAUCGUGGCCAACUAUUGCUGGCUGCUGGUGGAAGGCAUCUACCUGCAUAACCUGCUGGUGGUGGCCGUCUUCUCCGAGAGGAGCUACUUCACCCUCUAUCUGUGCAUCGGCUGGGGGGCGCCCAUGCUGUUCCUGAUUCCCUGGGUCAUCGUGAAGUUCCUCUACGAAAACAUACAGUGCUGGUCCACGAACAACAACAUGGGCUUCUGGUGGAUCCUUCGCUUCCCCGUGUUCCUGGCCAUCCUGAUCAAUUUCUUCAUCUUCAUCCGCAUCAUUCAGAUCCUUGUUUCCAAGCUCCGUGCACACCAGAUGCGCUACACUGACUACAAGUUCAGGCUGGCCAAGUCCACACUGACACUGAUCCCACUGCUGGGCAUCCACGAGGUGGUCUUCGCCUUCAUCACAGAUGAGCAUGCCCAGGGCACGCUGCGUUACGUCAAGCUCUUCUUCGACCUCUUCCUAAGCUCCUUCCAGGGGAUGCUAGUGGCCAUUCUCUACUGCUUUGUCAACAAGGAGGUGCAGGCAGAGCUGCUGAAGCGGUGGCAGCGCUGGAAGCUGGGGAAGGACCUGGCUGAGGAGUACAAGCACACCUACAGUCACGGACCCAGCACCCGCAAUGGCGCUGGCAGCACCUGUGAGAAGCACCAGCUGGUGAGUGGCUGCACCAACGGGCUGGGGCGCAGCCUGGCCCCCCACCCCAGCUCCCAACGCCUGGAGAGGAGUGGGCGCAGCACUGCCGAGCACCUCGCCCUGGGGGGCCAUCACCACUGCUAUGAGUUUCCCGAGACCACGGCUGAGAGCCACUUCUGAACCCGCAGCCAGGCAGGAGGGCUGUGCUGAGCUGCUGGGAUGCCACCGUUCCCUGCCCUGACCUCCCCAGGUGUUGGCAGGCACUGGGACCUGCCACCCUGGUGAGGGUGCUGCAUUGGGCACAUGGACAAUGGACACAGUGAGGCAGGCAAGUGGGACCUGGACCUCUAGAAGGGGGA